AUGUCCGAAGCGCAUCAACAUCGGUCCAACACAAAGCUCAAGCAGCAGAACAAGCCCUUCAAGUCCAAGCACUUGACAAAGAGUAGCUUGCGCGACAAGGCCAAGGGCAAAGUUGAGCGUGUCUCCCUGAAGAACCAGUCUACUCGUGGAUUCUCCAACAGGACCGACCGUCGCAAUACUGCCAAGAUUCUCCAGCAAAAGAAGCGCGAGGAGUUCUUCAGGAAGACAAAGAUCUUUGAUGGCAAGAAUGGAACCCCCAAGGUCGUCGCUGUUGUUGCUCUCUGCGCCGAUGUGAGCACCGACGAUGCUGUUGCCAAAAUGUUUGCCAGUGUCGACCAGGUCCCCGCCAACCAAGGAACAGUUCUCAUGACCACUGACCGCUUCAAGCAGAAGCUUCAGUUUGUUCCCCUUCAGCGCAACUACAUCGACAUCAUGGAUGCUGCCAAGGUCGCCGACUUUAUUCUCUUUGUCAUGUCGGCUGUCGAAGAGGUCGACAAGUUUGGAGAGAUGGUUUUGGCCGGAAUCCAGUCUCAGGGAGUCCCCUCGGUUGUCGCCGCUGUCAGCAAUCUGGAGAGCACCCCUGCCAAGAAGCACUCCGACAUCAAAAAGUCCCUCCUCUCUUUCACCAACCACUUCUUCCCCGAGGAGACAAAGGUCCACGCCUUGGACAACGCUGCCGAGACUGUCAACUUCCUCCGUAUGAUCGCCAACCAGUUGCCAAAGUCCAUUAAUUGGCGUGAUACCCACCCCUACAUGUUGGCCGAGAACAUUGCAUUCGAGGAGAACCCUUCGGAUCCCUCUGUCGGCACAUUGAAGGUCACCGGAUACGCCAGAGGCACCCACUUCCAGGCCAACCGCUUGGUGCACUUGCAGAACUUUGGCGAUUUCCAGAUUGAGAAGAUCACAUCGGCCCCCAUUACUCACAAAUCUGUUCAUGUCCACGGCAACAGCAUGGAUGCCGAGGAUACCGAGACUGUAUUGGAUACUCCCGUCCCUGGCGAGCAGGAUGAUUUGGCCGCUGAAAACGAGCCUGAUCUGCUUGGUAACGAGCAGACCUGGCCCACCGAGGAGGAGCUGAUGGAGGCUGAAGAACGCGUUAAGAACAUGGAUCCCAGCCAGAGACCCGAGCAGUCAUUCAACUCUGUCGCACCCAAGAAGGCCAUUCGCCGUGUCCCCAAGGGAACUUCCAAUUACCAGGCUGCCUGGAUUAUUGACUCUGACCACGAGAGUGACGAGGAUAUUGAGGACGAGGAUGAGGACGAGGACGACCAUAUGGAUGACGACGAUCUCCCCAGCGCGCGCAACGAAGAGGAUUCAGGAGAGGAGUACGAGGACUUUGAGGCCGACAACGACGAGCCCGCCAAGAACGAGGAUGUUUACGAGGACGAGCUUGAGGAUGAGGAGGAGGCCCGCCAAUAUGCCGAAUACUUGGCCAAAGAGAAGGAGAACAGGGAUGACAUGGAAUUCCCUGAUGAAGUCGAGGCACCCAUGGAUGUUGCCGCCCAGGUUCGCUUUGCCCGUUACCGUGCUCUUGAGUCAUUCAGAACUUCGCCCUGGGAUCCUUAUGAGAACUUGCCCUUGGACUAUGGUCGUAUCUUCCAGUUUGAGAACUUCCGCCGCACCAAGUACCGUGUCAUGAACCAGUCUCGUGAGGACGGUGUCUUGCCCGGCACCCACAUCACUAUCCACAUCGCCAACGUUCCCCGUGCUGUCUUGGAUACCUACUCGGCCUCGCGCCCCUUCAUUGUCUUUGGACUCUUGCAAUACGAGCACAAGAUGGGAGUCAUCAACUUUGUCGUUAACCGUAACGCGGAGUACGAUGGUAUCAUCAAGGCCAAGGAACCCUUGGUCUUGCACUGCGGAUUCCGUCGCUUUGUCGUCAACCCCAUUUUCUCCCAGAACUCGCGUAACGGCAAGGGAACCAACAAUGUCCACAAGAGCGAGCGCUUCCUCCAGCACGGCCGCAGCACCGUUGUCACCGUCUAUGCCCCCAUCCAGUUCGGCAGCUUGCCAGUUGUUCUUACCAAGGACAGCUCUGAUGUUAACUCUCCUAUCUUGGUCGCUACUGGUACACUCAUGGAUGCUGACCCCAGAAGAAUUGUCGCCAAGAGGAUUAUUCUGACUGGACACCCCUUCAAGGUUCACAAGCGCACUGCUACUAUCCGGUUCAUGUUCUUCAACCCCGACGAUGUCUGGUACUACAAGUCUGUAGAGUUGCGCACAAAGCUCGGUCGCACAGGUCAUAUCAAGGAAUCCCUGGGAACACACGGAUACUUCAAGGCCCAAUGGGACCAACAAAUCUCUAUGCAGGAUACCAUCAUGAUGUGCUUAUACAAGAGGGUCUACCCCAAGUGGGGCACAUACCUCUGGGUCAACCCAGAUGCUGGUUCGUCAGCGACCGAGGCGACGACAAUGGUGGAGAGCAUGGACAUGGACUAA